AGUGCUAUUACACAGUUUAAACUGCUGUUCUACUUUGAUAUUAUUGUCUAACGGAGCUUUAUCGAUAACUGCCUUUGUGUUAAGAAAUAAUCAACUCCUGUUGCGUUUAUCUACUAUAUUAAACUAGUCUCUUUAGCUUAGAAUUUUAUAUCCUCCUUUUUUAUUAGCGUUCCUCCUUUAAAGAUUUUGCUAUUCCUCCUUAAUUACUCCUUUUUGGAGAAACAUCAGUACGAAGCCAGGAGACAAUGAACAUAUUAGCAGUACUACUUCUCGCUAGUAUUUACACGUCACUAAUUCUGACUUUAAAAAGUUUGUUUUCUUCCACAUCUAGUUCUUCAUUUUGACAAGUUUUGUUUGCGACUCUCUCAAAGCCGAUAUAAUAAAACAGUUUGAUACUAAAAGUAAGAACACCACGUUUUCUAUAGGUGCAUUGUUGAAAGAACUAUUUCAUACGAUCUGUGGUUCCGCUUUUAACGUUUCAUCAAGACUGGCCGAUAGUCAGGACUAAUAAUUAGCAUACUUCCUCCACAUAUGUUUUAGACAUUGCCAACAAAAAGAUGUUUUAUGUUGACAGACGAAAGUCGUUUGUAUCUAACAGGUACUUCUUUUGCUGUUGUUCUUCUACUUACUGCUACUCUGUCUGAAGAAGAACACCAGCUAAAGGAUUAUCGUAUAAUUUCAUUGCUAUUUUUCUAUGAAUAGGAGCUGACAUGUUCGAUACAAAACAUACAGUAUACAAAGAAAUAAGUGCCAACUUUUCUACGAAAAUAUCAGACUAUUUCAAAUCAAAAUAAACUCAUCUGGUAGUGAUGAAUAACGAAAAUUACAUUUUAUUAUUUGUUGUUGUUUUCUAAAGAAGAUACUGACUAUUUUUGUUCGUUUCGUCUAGAGUCUAAUCUUUUCAGAAAAUCUCCAGUUGAAAAAUGCACUGAAAUUACCUGUAAAGUUAAUCCUAAUGAUCUGAAUUCAACAUUUGUGAAGCUCUUCAUACUACUCAUUUGUUUAGUACAACCCUAAAAAGCGCGAUAAUUUACCAUUCAUUGUUAUACUCGUAAAAUACUGACGAUACUCAACAACGAUACUUUCCAAUUCUAGAUGUUUAAGUGUCAGUUGUUAAAAACAAUACGAGUAUUGGGAACAAGAACUCAAUAUUUAUUCGUUGCAGCAAUAAUAAAUAUCAACAGUCAUCGUUAUUCAGCUUCAUUAACCAAUAAUAGUGUGUUAGAAUGGGGGGUGUUAUUGAAGAGAUAUAAAACAAAUAAACAAAAUGAAGAAGCAUUGAAGUUAUUUCAUGAUGGAAUUAAUAAAAAGAAACUAAUACCAAAUUAUAUCAUUUAUUUACUAGUUCUUGGUAUUUGUAGUGAUUUAGGAAGUUUAGAAAAAGGAAAAGAAAUACAUAAAAUGAUAAUGAAUACUAAAGAUGAUAUAAAGAAUAACCUUAAAAUACAAAAUGUAUUAAUAAAUAUGUACUUCAAAUGUCGUGAUAUUACAAACGCUGAAAAACUAUUCAAUAAUCUAAAUGAACGUGAUGUUAUUACAUUCAACUCAACGAUGAAAGGAUAUAAUUUUAAUGAACUACCCGACAAAACAAUUGAUUUAUAUAAACAAAUGAUUAUAAACAAAAUUCAGCCGGAUUCUAUUACUUACACAUUAGUUUUUGCAGCAUGUGGUGAAUGUGUUCGUUUAGGAAAAGGGAAAUCAAUUCAUAUGGAUAUAAUGAAAAAUAACACUAUUAACAAGGACAAUUUGAUUAUACAAACCACAUUAAUUGAUAUGUACGGGAAAAUGGCUGAUGUGCAAAAGGCGGAAGAAAUAUUCUCGAAAAUAUCGAAAAAACGUACUGUUAUCUCAUUUAGUGCGAUGAUGAAAUGCUAUAAUGCUAAUGAAUUACCAGAAAAGACGAUUGAAUUAUACGAAGAAAUGAUUAAAGUCAAAAUGCAGCCAAGUUCUGUUACUUACACAUUAGUUUUUGCAGCAUGUGGUGACUGUGUUCGUUUAGUUACAGAACAAGGUUUUGGGGCAAUCAUUGAAAGUUUAUCACUUCCCAUUCCAGGAAAAGGGAAAUCAAUUCAUAUGGAUAUAAUGAAAAAUAACACUAUUAACAAGGACAAUUUGAUUAUACAAACCACAUUAAUUGAUAUGUACGGGAAAAUGGCUGAUGUGCAAAAGGCGGAAGAAAUAUUCUCGAAAAUAUCGAAGAAAUGUGACGUUAUCUCAUUUAGUGCGAUGAUGAAAUGCUAUAAUGCUAAUGGGUUGCCUAAAAAGACGAUUGAAUUAUAUGAAGAAAUGAUUAGAAAUAACAUUCAGCUUAGUGAUGGAAUUUAUGUUCUUGUUAUUGAUGCAUGUAGUAUGUGUUUAUCGAGGCAGAAAGGAUGGUUGAUUCACCAUGAAAUAAUGAAUAAGAAUAAAGAAAUGAGUGAUAUCAUAAUUAAUAAUGCAUUAAUUAAUAUGUAUGGCAAAUUUGGUGAUAUUGAUAAUGCUAGACGAAUAUUUGAUUCUAUGAAUAAACAUGAUAUAGCUACAUAUAAUACGAUGAUAAAUAGUUAUGGUUUCAAUGGUCAAGGUCUUGACGCUAUAGAGUUGUACAGAAGAAUGAGAGAGCAAGAAAGGUGGACACCAAAUGAUAAAACUUUUGUUGUUGUAUUAAAUGCAUGCAGUCAUUCGGGUUUAGUCGAUGCAGCAAGAGAAAUAUUUUAUUUAAUAGACGAAAGAUAUCGAAACAAAUUUGUAACAACGGCAAUGGUUGAUGCUUUAGCUCGUUCUCAACACUGGGAUGAAGCACAGUCAGUUAUAGAAAAUUAUGAAAAAACGAAUGAACGUAAUAUUGUUAUGUGGACCACAUUACUUGGUGCAUGUCGAACAUACAAAGAGGAGAAAAAAGCAAAAGAAAUUUAUGAUAAAAUAAAUGAAAUGAAAAAUAUCAGUAACAACUGUCGUGCAUCUGUUAGUGUUUUAUUAGCAAAUACAUAUGCGUCAGCAGGGAAAUACGAUAAAGCUGAAUCGAUUCGACAUAAAACGGAUGAUGAAAAUUUUAAAAAGAUCCCAGGCAUGACAUACAUAGAAAUAGAUGGUGUUAAUCACUCAUUUUAUGCACAUGAUAAAUCUCAUCCAAAAUUGAAUGAAAUCUAUAAUGAAUUAGAUAAAUUACAACAAGAGUUAAUUGAUUAUGGCCAUACAUUUGGUUAUAACUCAAUAACUUUUUUUGGAAUCGUACAAGGACUAUGCAAUCGAGUUAUAUUAUGUACUUACGUUGAGUUGUUAUAUAAUAUUUUCCUGUUGAAUAUAGUUAAUAAUUUGGUUUACACGAAUAUAUUACCGUAUCUUGCUUUUUUAUAUGUAUAUAUCACAGGUAUAGAUCGAAUAUUAUAA